UUGAGCUUGUUGUUUGCGCUUGCGCUGUAGCUCGGACCUUUGUUAUUCCAUGUCACUAUGGCGCUUAGCAAAACGUUUGGGCAAAAACCGGUGAAAUUUCAGCUCGAAGAGGAUGGAGAGUUUUACAUGAUCGGUUCUGAGGUGGGGAACUACCUGCGCAUGUUCAGAGGCUCCCUAUAUAAACGAUACCCGUCGUUAUGGAGAAAACUGGCAACAGUGGAAGAACGGAAGAAAAUUGUAGAGUCUUCACACGAUCACGGCUACACUCAGCUGGCCACCAGCGUUACGCUCCUGAAGGCCUCGGAGGUCGAGGAGAUCCUCGAAGGGAACGAUGAAAAAUACAAAGCUGUGUCUAUCAGCACUGAGCCGCCCACCUACCUCAGGGAACAGAAGGCAAAGAGGAACAGCCAGUGGGUUCCCACGCUGCCCAACAGUUCCCACCACCUGGACGCCGUUCCCUGCUCCACCACCAUCAACCGCAGCCGGCUGGGCCGGGACAAGAAGAGGACCUUCCCCCUCUGCUUCGACGACCACGACCCGGCGGUGAUCCAUGAAAACGCCACACAGCCUGAGGUUCUUGUUCCGAUCCGUCUGGACAUGGAGAUCGAGGGUCAGAAACUGAGGGACGCUUUCACCUGGAACAUGAACGAGAAGCUCAUGACACCUGAGAUGUUUGCGGAGAUCCUGUGUGACGACCUGGAUCUGAACCCCCUGGCCUUUGUCCCCGCCAUCGCCUCAGCCAUCCGGCAGCAGAUCGAGUCCUACCCGACAGACAGCCUCCUGGAGGACCAGACGGACCAGAGGGUUAUCAUCAAGCUGAACAUCCACGUGGGGAACAUUUCGCUGGUGGACCAGUUUGAGUGGGACAUGUCGGAGAGGGAAAACUCUCCGGAGAAGUUCGCCCUGAAGCUCUGCUCGGAGCUCGGCCUGGGCGGAGAGUUCGUCACCACCAUCGCCUACAGCAUCCGAGGUCAGCUGAGCUGGCACCAGAGGACGUACGCCUUCAGUGAGAACCCGCUUCCUACCGUGGAGAUCGCCAUCAGAAACACGGGCGAGGCGGACCAGUGGUGCCCCCUGCUGGAGACCCUGACAGACGCAGAGAUGGAGAAGAAGAUCAGAGACCAGGACAGAAACACGAGACGAAUGAGGCGUCUGGCGAAUACGUGGUAGAUGUGAACGCAGCAGCAGCAGCGCCCCCUGCAGAAACGCUGAGGCAGGACCAGUUGAAGGGCAGCAGAGGUUUUUUCUCGUCUCUUCUGCUCAGCUGGACUCUCGGCGUUUUAUUUUUAAUUUGAAUCUGUUUGCUGAAGGUCCGUUAGAGGAAAAAAAA